AUGGUAUUCGCGCGACAUGCUUUAGACCUGAGCUUCGAUCCUAGAGGAAAUCGGAUAUUGGAAUUGUUUUUUAUGAAAUCAAGCAGCAGCGAUCAUGUGUCUGGUUAUCGCACUCAACCUUCGUUAUCAUAUUCUUUUCCCAAGAGGACACGUUCACGCCGACGCAGCGCCCAGGAGAAUGCAGAGCAAAGGCCGCGAUAAGCGCAUGCGCCGAGUGAGG